CAACAUCAGGCCAGGAGUCCCGGGGAUGGGAAACUCCUGGCCCACGCGUCCAACACUGCCAUAAAACCAUCGCCUGGUCAUCAUUCUCUACCACGAAAGAAAACGCCGUCUGAAUCCAGAAACUCGUCGAGUCAACAAUUUCAACGCGCCCAGUCUCUAAGACGCAGUUGUUUGUCUCCAACGCAAUAUCAUCACCAGCAUCAUCAACAUCGUCAGCAGGAGAGUUCUCUACAUUUUGAGUACUUUGUGCCUAGGAGCGUGAGCGAGUUCAACCUGGCAGCAGCGGCGGUCACGGACAUAGCUGUACCACCACCGCCUCCUUCGUCAGUCUUACGGCCCUCCUCGGCUCUAACACCGCCGAUAGGUUCCGCAUCGAAUUCAGCGUCGUCGAAUCAGCCUAGGUUAUUAGAAUGUUCGGGAACCGCGACCAGGAGUCGCGAGAAGAUGGUCACCUUCGAAGACGAGGGCGUGAACUGUGCCACCUCCACGCCCACCAGAAAGAAUAUUUCCGGGCUGGAGAACGUUUUCAUGUGACGCUGCAAUCAUGGGUGAUUUUGUGAAAAAAAAAAUCUAAGUUGGAUGGAGUGUUCUGUGUUUCGAUUGUGCCGGGAAAAAGGUAAUUAGAUUUCUGGUGGGAAUUAAACGAAAGUGGAAUUAUUUUGGAUAUUAUGUAGAUGCAUGGGCAACGUCGAUCAAUGAGGAAGGGAAGGGGGCAAUUUAAAAUUAGGAAAGAAUUAUGUAUCUAGGAAUAUGUAUGUUUCUCCUGUGUGAUCUAGAGAAAUAAAACUGAUUGGAGAGACAGGACAUUCGUAAAUGAUUAUAAUUAUACCGUUUCAUCGUAUUUUGUGAGAAAAGAAAAAGAGUACGAAGAGCAUAAAGUGAGAACAUUUUUUAGAGAAAAAUCUUAGAAACAUGAGUGGAAUGCUCGCGUACGGAUUUACAGGCUGUAAGACACGAUCUUCGAACAACGAAGGUGUCUGAAACAAAAAUCCGCGAAUUCCGAGGUUUUUUAGGGUUAUUCACCACCACGAAAGACACUAGAUUUCUACCAUUUACAUUAUAACUACUGUUACUAUAAUACUAUUUAAUAUUCUUAUCGCUGCUGAUAUUCUUCUUCUUAUCAUUAUCGUUGCUAGGUUACUCGAGACGGGCGGAUUUUCUUCGUACAAGUUGUGUGAAUUAUCGAAAUGUACAUACGCUGCUGCAUCGUCUCUUUCUCCCAAAGAACAUUUCUUUUCUAAAUAACCACGUGUAAGACAAUCGAAAAUAAAUUAUUCGUAUGAAAAAACUGAAAUUUAACAAAAGUUAACUAAUUAUUCAUAAAUAAAUAGUUAUAUAAUCAAUUAAAUAAUAUAUAUAAUUUCGACAGAUAUUUGAUAAUUUUAUAUUUGUUACAAUAUUUUAUUUAUCCGUUGAAAGAUGUAGGAGAAAGAGGUAAUGCGAAAAACGAAAGGAAGACACAGCCUUAAAAAAUAUGCCUGACAGGCGGUUCAAUUAAUAUUGUUACAAAAAGACAAAUGAAUAUAAAAUAUAGAAAAAAAAGACGUGCUCGGUUACGAGACAGUCUAUCCUAGUAUAACUUUUAAGAGAUUCAUUUUAAUCGAACUUCGAACACCGCUUAAUUUUAAUACAAAGUCGAAUAAGCAAGUGUACGAAUAAGACUAUCGUAUAAGUGAGUGAUUGAACGGUGAAAUUUAUCAUGGAAAAUGAGAAAAAGAGAAUGAAAUAUUUCAAAGGAACAUCAUCGGUAUCGUACCGAACCAAACCCAGUCUUGCAGAUAAAUUUUCCGUGCGAAUCGCUAUGCUGAGAAAUAUGUCCCUAGAUCGCCAAGCUGGAUCGAGGCUCAACGAGUGUUCAAAUACGCUGUUUGUACGCGUGUUUCUUUCUUGACAUUCGCUAAAUUUUCAUUAAAGAGAGACAAAGUAAAAGUAUCGAACAAUCACAA